CUGCCUCCUCGGUAGCACCUGAUAUCUCGGUCUCUUUCCUUGCUUACCAGUCACCACAGAAUCUCGCCGUUGUCUUACGUGGCGACAUUCCGUUGAUUAGGCACCCUAGCGCAGGCUACUAAGCAGUGUUUUACUUCUUAGAGCCCCCUAAAUAACGCGGCCGUGCAUGGCUCGCGUGCACUAACUGGUCCGUGUCUCGCGCCACCGCCGUACUGUGAGCGUUCGGGAAGGUAGAGCAGGAGUGCAAUGGCGACGCAAAACCCCUUCGCGCUGCUCGAUGGAGACGACAACGACGAUCCCCAGGCCCUGCUGUCUCGCGUCGCCGCCGAACCUGUGAAGGUCGACGCGAGCAAGAAGGCUGGCGCUAAAGGCGCCAAGCCCGCCCCUGCUGCUGCCAAGCCUGCUGCUGCUACCACUGCACCUGCUCGCUCCGGCUUCAGCCGCGGCGGAGGUCGCGGCGGCGGUCGCGGCGGAUAUGGCGGGCGUGGCGGCGACUACCAGACGUUCAACGAGCCGCGUGACAAUGGCCGCGCGUUUAUCACGGAGCGCCAGGUGCGCGGGGAGGACGGCGAGAUCCGCUCGUCGUUCGACCAGCACGGCCACAGCGACCUGCGGAGAGGCGGCGGAAGGGGGGGGCGCGGUCGCGGCUACGGGCGCGACGGGGGCCAGCGCCGUCCGCACCGCGAGUUCGACCGCAUGAGCGGCACUGGCCGUGGCGGGGAGAUCAAGCGCGAGGGCGCUGGCCGCGGCAACUGGGGCAGGGAGGGCGAGUACCUCGACGAGUCUGUCGCGCCCGCGUCGGCGGAGGCGGAGCCGAAGGCGGAGGGCGCGGGCGAGGCGGCGGAGGCGGCGGCGGAGGUCGCAGCUCCGGAGCCCCCUGUGCUGACUGAGGAGGAGCUUGCUGCCCAGGAAGCUGCGAGGAAGGAGAAGGAGGAGGAGGAGAAGCAAAUGACGCUGGAGGAGUACGAGAAGGUGCUGGAGGAGAAGCGCAAGGCGCUGGCGGCGUCCAAGGCGGCGGCGCGCGUGGUGGAGUUGGACGAGGAGAUGGCCAAGAUGACGCUCAAGAAGAAGCCCGACGGCGACGAUGUCUUCGUCAAGCUGGGAGCGGAGAAGGAGAAGGCGGCGAGGAAGAAGGAUGAGGACCGUCCCAAGGCAGUCAACAUCAACGACUUCCUCAAGCCCGCAGAAGGCCAGACCUUCCACUACCGCAACCAGCGCGGGGGCGGCAGGGGCCGCGGCGGCGGUCGCUACGGCGGCGGCGGGCGCGGCUAUGGUGGGCGGGGGGCAGAGGCCCCGCCCCUGGACCAGUCCCAGUUCCCCACUCUGGCCUAGACGCCUGAAUGCGCCGCUGCUGCCCCUGCCUGCUCUGCUGGCUUGAGGUGGGGGGCGCAGGUGUGGUCAGUUGGUGGUUGGGGAUGUGUGCAGUUGGAUUGGCACUGCUACUGGCUGCUGACUUGGAGGCCAAUAGGACUGAAGACGGCAACCUAGAUGGGCGGUGUCUGGCGAGCGCAGGAGGAGUGAGGGAGGGUGGAAGCAAGAGAGGUCUGGGAGUUGCUAGACUACUUGUUGCAGACACCACGUGUUCUGGCCGGCUGGCUGGCACAAUGCUGGCCUGCAGGUCAGUCUGUAGGCGGGUGAGAGGGGAGGAGGGAGGAUGUGUGUGUGCUGGCAUGCUUGCACAGGCUAGUAGCAGGUGUGUGCGUGCGUUGCAUUGUUGAGGAGCGCUAAGCAUAGUGUGUAGCUUGUGGCUGGCACUGCUGCAGAGGCUCUAGGGGCAGGGGAGGUAAAAUCAUGGCACUGAUGGUGGAUUGGCCAACCUUUGUGUGUUCUGCUUUCCCUUAGACAAAUUUCUGGCGUGGAUUAAAAGUGCUGUUUGGAUUGCAUGUUUAAGUCACCUUUUGUGACUGACUCGAGCGUUUUGCUUUGUCCAUGCAUAGUGCUGCGCAGA